ACGCUUGAAACCGCACAUUAAUUAUUAUUGGAAGUUCUAAGAACUAGAAGCACAAGAGACAAGCUUUUGUAUAGCCACUAUACGUUCAACAAACUACUGAAACUCUUUACAACACAACUAUUCCUAUCAUUAUCCAAUGGCUGCCGUGUCCCCCAAAAUCUGUGACCUUUGUUGCCACGAGUCGACCUGUUGGGCUGUGGGCGAGUGUGACCACCCCACCUGUAUCCGCUGUACUGCCAAGCUAAGGACCCUCUGUGACCAGAGGGACUGCUCUGUCUGUAGACUAAAGCUGGACCGGGUAUUUGUGUGUCGUGAGGUAAAGCCAUUCUCUCAGCUGUCUCGUUCUCGUUCGGGUUUCCUUGGUGAUAGGAAGCAUGGGAUAUUAUUCGAGAACCAUAAGCUAUAUCAAGUGUACGAAGCUCUACGGCAAAAUUCGUGUGACAAGUGUGCCCCGGAAGAGGAGAAAAUGUUUCAAACUUUUAAACAGUUACGAGACCAUAUGAACCGUUUCCAUGAUUUACACUAUUGUGAGAUCUGUGUGGAUAAUUUGAAACUUUUCCCUCGCGAGUUUCGAUCGUAUACUCGUUCGAUGCUCACCAAACAUCGUCGUCUUGGAGAUACCGACGACACAUCUUAUAAGGGACACCCCCUCUGUAAAUUCUGUGACAACCGUUACCUAGACAACGAUGUACUUCAUACACACUUGCGUACGGACCAUUUGUGGUGUCACAUCUGUGAAAGCAAUGGCAGACAAGACUACUACAAGAGUUACCCGAUGCUACGAAAGCAUUUCAAAGAAGAACACUUUUUAUGCGAAGAGGGGUCGUGUAGAGAAGAGAAACUAACGUCUGUGUUUCGAUCCCAGAUAGACAUUCAAGCGCAUCGUGCAUCCAUUCAUAUCCACGGGCUCUCCAAGGCAGAGGUGAAGCAGAUGAAACAGUUGGAGCUUGGAUUUAGCUAUGGUAGUGGUGGUGAUGUUGGUAGGGGCAGGGGUGCCCCUUACUUCAAUCAGAGGAGUGGCAGAACAGCACAGAGGAGAGAGCAAGAAGAGCUGGAGGUAGCCACUGCUUUGUCGGCCCCCACACAACGAGCAGAGAAACCCACUAAACCGUCCCCAUCUCUCCCCAGGAAGUCUCCUGAUGAAGAAACUAAACCUCCCCCUGGGUUCUCAAGAUCAAGAGUGGUUCCAACCCCUCAGCCUGAAGUGAUACGCAAAUCUCAACAAACGUUUGAAACUACUGCAUUCAAUCCUUACUCUGAUACUGCCGAAUCCGUCUCAAAAUCAAAACCUGAACUCACUAAACCUCCUGGAUUUGAAAAUAUUACUGUCCUGACAAAGCCAGAAAAGAAAAGAAACGAUUGGCCAGAAAUUGCUGCUGGAGGGGAAAUUGCGAAACAAGAAGACACUCGAUUAGUUGCCCAGAGCGAAUUAACUGGCUUACAUAAUUUUGGAGCGUGGGCAAGAAGUGAAAAACCUGAACAAAAACAACCCAAGAAAAAUUGCAAACCCAAGAAAGAAAAGAUUGUCCCUGCAUAUACUGCUGAAUCUUUUCCCUCAUUAUCUGAGCCUCGUGAGAAAAUGGGUGGCGAUAAAAUUCCAUUGUCAAGGAAACAAGUGGAGACAAAAAUUGUUGAAAAAAUUCGAGCUGUUCUAGACAAGACAAAAUUCACACAAUUUAAAACACUAUCAGGUUGGUAUAGAAACGAUCAGAUAUCUGCUAUUGAGUACAUGAACCAAUGUUCUAAUCUAUUCGGCCCAAAAUGGGAGGAAAUUGGUCCAAACGUAGCAGCUGUAUUCCCUGAAGAAGAAAAACAAAUUGAACUAUCGAGAUAUUUUUCUCGACCAUCUCUUUCUGCUCCUGUUAGGAAGGGCAAGUCAAAGAAGAAAGCUAAAGUUAGUACUACUAGUGUGUGGAGCUCGGGAGGCCGACCAUUGACACAGGGUGUACUGAGUGAUUCUGACUACCCAAGUUUGGAAACAGCUAGCACUGUACAAGGGAGCAAGGUGAUCACUGGAACUGCAGCUUGGAACAUGGUUGUACGUAGUACGUAGUUAGUUGGACCUGGCUUGAUACCUGUAAUUACAGUAAUGUAUUUUGUAGUACUUUCAUAGUUUGUGUGACUAGGUCGACUCUAUAAUUAUUAUUGUGUUUGUGA